AUGAAGUCCGCUAUCAUUCUUUCGCUCGGCGCAGCUGCGCUCGCAGCACCAAGGCCUGAAUCGCACACCCAGGGCAAGAGUGUGCCAAUGAACGCAAAGAGGUCAAUGAUCGUGACCAACGAGGAUGGCUCGGUCGACUACUCUGGGUUCCUCUCAAUGCUGAGGACCACCGUGCGAAAGUACAACAACGAGAUGGAGCUUCCAGCGGCAGUCGAGAACUCCAAGCUCAACUGGAAGAGAGCCGAUGUCCCAUUGGUUGACCAGAACCAGAACGGCGAGGAUGUCCUAUACUACGGUGACGGAGAUGUCUCAGGCCAGACAUUCACAUUCGACUUCGACACCGGAAGCUCUGACACCUUCAUUCCAGGCCCACAGUGCGGAAUGGCACAGGGCUGUGUCGGUAAUACCAAGUACGACGAGUCCGGCCAGGAUGAGGGCAACACCACGACCAUCACCUACGGCUCCGGCCAGGUUAUGGGCGAGAAUUACUUCGACGACGUAACAGUUGGUGGUCUAAAAGCCAACCGACAAAAUAUCAUCUCCCUGACCCAGGCACAAGGUUUUAGCACCUCUGCCUCCGACAGCUUGAUGGGCAUGGGCUUUGGUACCAUCGCCAACAGCAAGCAGCCACCCUUCUGGAUGACACUCCUCAACCAGGGCAAACUCUCACCUUCCGAGUUCUCCUUCUACCUCGGCCGCACCCAGUCUGGUACUCAAGGAAACUCGCUCAUGACCCUCGCCGGUCGCGACAGCAGCAGAUAUACUGGCGCUUUCACAAAUCUCCCAGUGACCAGGCAAGGCUACUGGCAAGUCGCUGUCGACGGCGUAGCAAUUGGCAAUGGCAGCGCUCUCGCGACCGAAGCAGGCCAGGGCGCCAUCGAUACUGGUACCACAGCAAUCAUCGUGCCAACUGCUGUCCUCGCCCAGGUAGUCCCACAGAUCCCCGGCGCUGUCCCACUCCCUCUCAGCGAGGCCAUGACAGCUAUCGCAUACCCAUGCCACUCCAACCCAGCCGCAUCCCUCGUCUUCGGCGGCAAGAAGUUCUCCAUCAAUGACUUGGACUUCAACUUGGGUCCUCUUGACACCAGCCUCGGUGUGAGCAUGGCCAGUGACCCUCUCACACAGAUUAUUCAGCAGAUCAUCCAGGGUCUGCUUGGUGGUCUGCUUGGAGGCAGCGAGCCUGACAUUCCAGCAAACUACUGUAUCAGCAGUGUCAUCGGAGCCGACCUCAUUCCUGGUCAGGAGUUCUAUAUUAUUGGUGACUCCUUCCUUAAGAGCUGGUACUCGGUCUACCACUAUGACAGCCCUUCGUCGGCGUACGUUGGACUCGCGAAGGCUGUCUAG